AUGAAACAGUUAAAACUUACAGGUUUUGUUAUUUUCUUGUUCUUUUUGACUGAAUCCCUAAUACUAUCCACAAAGCCUCAAGAUGUAGAUGAUGUCAGUAUUACCCAGAAAUUUAUAGAGGAGAAUGUUGGAUAUAUCACCAUCAUCGUAUUUGCUCAAUAAAUUCAGGAGGCUUCCUUUGAAGAAGUAGAGAUGUUGGUAAAAACCAUGACAGAAUAUAGAGAUAAAUGCUUGGCUGACACGAUACUCCCAGAGUGUGCGAAAUUAGCUAAUGAUGUUUUACUAGAAAAUAUAUGUGCUUUGGAAGGACUGCCACAAAAGCAUAAUUUUUCACACUGCUGCAGUAAGGUUGACUUGGAAAAAAAACUUUGUUUCUUCCAUAAUAAGAAAGCAGAUGUCGGAUUUUUGCCUCCUCUUCCUACCUUGGAUCCUGAAGAGAAAUGCCAGACUUAUAAAAAUAACAGAGAAUCUUUUCUAAACAAUUAUAUCUAUGAAGUUUCCAGAAGGAACCCCUUUGUUUUUGCCCCGACACUUCUAACUGUGGCUGCUCGUUUUGAGGAGAUUACUAAAACAUGUUGUGAAGAACAAGACAAAGCUAACUGCUUUCGAACAAAAGUAGAACCUGUCAUACAAUAUUUAAAAGCAUCAUCUUCUUUUCAAAAAAAUGUCUGUGGGGCACUUAUGAAAUUUGGACUCCAAGUCUUAGAAUCUAUAAAUAUUGCUAUACUUAGUCAAAAAUUUCCCAAGAUUGAAUUUAAGGAACUUACUUCCCUUCUAGAAGAUGUUUCUUCCAAGUACAAUGGAUGCUGUGAAGGGGACGCUGUGCAGUGCAUCCGUGGCAGGAGCAAAGUUAUGAGCCAUAUUUGCUUAAAACAAAAUUUGAUCUCCAGCAAAAUCAAAGAGUGCUGUGAAAAGAAAAUACCAGAGCGUGGAGAGUGCAUAAUUUCCUCAAAUAAAGAUGACAGACCAAAGGACUUGUCUCUAAGAGAAGCAAAAUUUACUGAAAACGAAAAUGUGUGUGAGGAACGAGAUGCUAAUCAAACGAGCUUCAUGGCUGAGUUUCUCUAUGAAUACUCAAGGAGACAUCCGGAACUGUCUACACCAGAGCUUUUAAGAAUCGUUGGCGUGUAUGACGAUCUUCUGAAAGACUGUUGUCACACAGAAAACCCUCCAGACUGUUACCGGCACGCGGAACUGAAAUUCAAUGAGACAACUGAGAAAAGCCUCAAGAUAGUACAACAAGAAUGUGAACGUUUCCAGAAUUUGGGGAAAGAUGACUUGAAAUACUACUACCUUAUCAAACUCACAAAGAUAGUCCCCCAGCUCUCCACUGAAGAACUGACCUUUCUUGGCAAGGAAAUGGUGACAGCCAUGACCACCUGCUGCACACUGAGUGAAGAGUUUGCCUGCGUUGAUAAUUUGGUGGAUUUAGUUCUUGGAGAGUUAUGUGGAAUAAAUGAAAAUCGGAACAUCAACCCUAAUGUGGACCACUGUUGUAAAACCAACUUUGCCUUCAGAAGGCCCUGCUUUGAGGGCUUGGAAGCUGAUAAAGCAUAUGUGCCUCCAACUACCUCUCAAGGCUUAUUUACCUUUCACACAGACUUGUGUCAGGCUCAUAAUGAGGAGCUCCAGAGAAAGAAAGACAGUUUUCUUGUUAAUCUAGUGAAGCUAAAGCCUGGACUUCCAGAUGAAGAGCUGCAAUCAUUGCUUACAGAUUUCACUAACGUGGUGGUCAAGUGUUGCCAAGCAGAGGGGCCUGAAGCCUGCUUUAAUGAAGAGGGCCCCAAAGUGGCAGCCAAAAGCCAGGUUGCUUGAGAAAUAUAAAGGAAAA